AUACUAGAGAAUCUCACUUUGGGGCCGCAGCCGACGCUCACGUCGCAGCCGCCGACGCCACCGAGCACGCCGCUAUCGCCGAAAAUCGGCGAGAUACCAAAGUUUACCACGUGCGCCUCCGGUUUCCUACCCAACGUAACGAUAACGCAAUCAUCUAGUCCGUCUGUAGUACCUCACAUUAUCUCAAGCCAAAACUCGGAGAAGGGCCCCCUCGACCUGGACGUGAAGAGGAAGAAGGCGCCCACCGGCCUGUUCACGAACGGAACGGGCCUCAAUCUGGAGGAGAAGUUCAAGCAACGCCAAUCGGGCGCCACCACGCCAACUCUCAGGAUAAGUUUCCCGCCGAACCUGAUGCAUCACGCUUACGGGGGCGGCAUGAAAAGCGAAGACGACAGUCCGCCACCUGUGGAUGCGAACCCCCUCAAUGCAAUGAUGGCCCAAUCUCUGGCCGCAAGCCAAUCUCGUGACGGCGGCCACCUAGGUCUACAACUAACGAAGUCUCAAUCCCAAAUCGACUACUCCAAGUACGUCAAAAAAUUCUCCUCCUCGUUGGAGUGCGGAAACUCCUACUGCAAGGACUUGAACUAUCGGGAACAUUUUCACUGUCUCGACUGUAACUCGCGAGUUUUCAUCAAGAAGGAGGAAAUGAUACGCCAUUUUAAAUGGCACAAGAAGCGAGACGAGUCCUUGCAGCACGGCUUUAUGAGGUAUAGUCCUCUGGACGACUGCUCGGACCGUUACGCGAACUGCACGCACAACAAAAAACAAACGCACUACCACUGUAUCAAAGAGGGCUGUGACAAGGUAUACAUUUCGACGUCCGACGUACAAAUGCACGCCAAUUACCAUCGGAAGGAUUCGGCAAUUAUACAGGAAGGUUUUCAGAGGUACCGCGCGACAGAGGAGUGCGGCGCUUCUUACUGUUCGUUCUUUGGACAGAGGACGACGCAUUUCCACUGCAGACGAUCUGGCUGUCGGUUUACGUUUAAGAACAAAUCGGACAUGGAGAAGCACAAGUCGUACCAUAUCAAAGACGAGCAGCUGUCCAGGGACGGCUUUAAGAAGUUCAUGAAGAGCGAGAUCUGCCCGUACGAGAACUGCCGAUUUUCGAAGGUGUGCAAUCACAUACACUGCAUCAGGCCGCAGUGCAACUACGUCCUGCACAGUUCCGGCCAGCUGUUCUCGCACAAGAGGAAGCACGAGCGCAAGGACUCGGAGCUGGCGUACCGAAAGUACAAGCUGGCGCAGAGCAUGAUCAAGACGCUGCAAGACGGCGGUAUGAACUUGGGGUUCCGGGAGUACGAGCAGCAGUUCGACGGCGUCAACCUGGGGAUGUUCCAUCAGAGCUCGAACUUGUCCAACUCGGAGACGCUGAGCGAGCGCAACUCGCCGGUGAGCUACGAGGAGGGCGAGUCGUCGUCCGCCAUGGAUCUCAGCGCGAACGAGUCGAGCUUCACGCUGCCCGAGGACGGUAUACCGUGGAACGGGGAGGACUUCUGGCGGAAGUACUGUAACUUUUACGGGCAGAACGAGCCCUGCCUCGACAAAUGUGAAUACGCGUACAGCGACCAUUACCACUGCGGAAUGGAAUAUUGUGAUAUAGUUUUUAAUUGUAGAGACGGCGUACGGGAGCACGCUCGCAACCACGAGCAGCAGGAGCAGGUGACCGAGGCUUACUUUACGACGGUCGUCGCUCAGAGUGGCGGAUGCGACGAGUCGUGUAUUUAUCAAGAUAAGGAGAAGCACUAUCACUGUAAUUGGGAUAAUUGUCGGGAGGUGAUAUUGCCCAACGAUAAACCGUUCAGAAGGCUGGAGCACUACAAGAUGCACGAGUACUCGAAGAAGCUCAGCCUGACCAAGGACCCCCUGACGAUGACGCACCUAGCUACCUCAAUCGACGGCAUGUUUUGCCGUAAACGCGGAAGACCGCCGAAGAAUCGCGUAAUUGAGGUUUGGAAUGACUACGCGCCGAUGGGCAGUCAGAGCUUGCUAGACUCGCCGCAGGCAAUCUUUACCAGUUUCAAGCUGCCGAAGCCGUCGACGUCGGCCCAGGCGUCGAAUAAGGAAAUGGACCAACCUGAGUCGCCUGAUGAGCGGUCGAGUAGUCCAAUUGUAAGCAUGCGCGCACGUUGUGCCCCCCACAUUUUCAAAUGGCGGUUUCAGAUCCAGGACUACACGCUUCAGGGUUUCGACGUCUUCCACGAGAACGCCAAGUGUCCGGACUCGUUGUGCCCGUACCUCGGAAACGUCCACUACCACUGCAACCAAAACCGUUGCCUCUACGUCACCGACAAGGAGGACGUUCUCAUAAUGCACAGCAAGGACUUCCACGAUAACAUCGACAUUCUCGACGGCUUCGAGUUUUACGACCGUAACGUCGACUGUCGACUGCCGAAUUGUGCCAGCAACAAAGUGAACCGCCACUUCCACUGCACGCGGCACAAAUGCAACUACUCGUUCGUGCAGUACUCGACGAUGGCGAUCCACAACCAGCAGCACCUGGAGGAGGGGCAGUUUACCACGCCGGAGACGCCCGACUACAAAGUGAAAAGUGAGCCUGUGGAGGAGCGCCCCGGCGACGAGCAAAUGCAAGUGAAGGCGAUGAAUUUGAGCCAGAACGUUCAAGAUAACAAAGUUUCCGUGGUUAAGGCUUCGGGAACUUUUUACCCUCUUUCAUCAGUAGGAUCUGAGCGGCACACUUCCCCAGAAAUUCCUAAAAAUAUCUGCGCAGAGCCCAACUACGAACCCCUACCGGAUAUGGGAAGUCAAACGUUGUACGGCCCCGAAAUCAGUUGCAGCCGGCCCUUUUGUAAACUGAAGCGCAAAUAUCACUACCACUGUAACGCCUGCAAUCAAGCAUUUUCCGAAGUGGAGAGGCUACUGACCCACAUAGCGAAACACAGCACAAGUGCCUUGAACAGUCAGCUACUCGAAGACACCUCCCCGCAGGCGCACACCCCGAGCCCCGUGAAAACCGAACCGAAAAUCAACGUGGCGCCCUUGCACUCCCUCCAGAAUCCCUCCCUGACGAAAUCCGAACCGGAAACCUACGUCACGCCAACGUUCGACACCUACAACCACUUCACCAAUUUCCCCUCGAACCUCGCGACGCAAUUCGCGCUCAUGUCCCAGCAGCAGGCCUUCCUACCUCAAAGCUUGUACCAAAACGCCACCAUUCCCACCCAGCUCAUGUUCCAGCACACCGGCCUGAUGCAGAGCCCCCUACUGCCGGUGGUCCCGCCCCAGAGUCCCUACGGCAACGAGAACAUGACGUCGCCGCUCGCCGCCAUGGCGGCCAACCUGAACAAGCGCGCGCUGAGCCCGCACGAGUUCACCCCCGAGCAGAAGAAGGCGCGGUUGCAGAACUCGAUGAGAAUUUUAAAGGACGAACCGGUACCCGAGGGUUACCUCAGGUUUAGGUUUAACGAGGACUGCCAGUACCCGCACUGCGGAUACAGGGAGCACCAGACGCACUUCCAUUGCCAAAGACCCGACUGCGGUUACAGCUUUUGUGAUAAGACCCGAUUCGUGCAGCACACCGCGAGACACGAGCGUCUCGAUACACUUAUGGGGGGCGACUUUCAGCAGUACCGCGCGAACGUCGCCUGCGGUCGGCCCGAGUGUGCAUACACUAGUAAUUUAGGCAAUACCCAAAAUAAGGCGUCACACUUUCACUGCCUGAAGUGCGACUUCGUCUGCACGGACACGAACAAGGUGGUCGCCCACCGACGCCAGCACCAGAAGCUCGACUCGAUCCAGGCGGCCGGCUUCGAGAAGUUCACGCCGAGCCAGCAGUGCAAGAUGGGCAACUGCCAGCACAGCGGAAAACAGACCCACUACCACUGCCUGUCCUGCCACUACGCCGUGCUCGGGCUGGCGCAGAUGUCCGCGCACAAAUACAGACACCUGGAGGGUUGAGCGCGCUGUACAUAAUGUAAAUAGGUAGUUUAGCGUGGAAAAAACAUGUAUAUAUCACUGUUUUAUAUUAUACAUAUAUAUAAAAAAAGAAAUACGAGCACUUGAGCAUUCAAAAUCAGUUUAUAGAUGUAAUUUCCAAAAUUUUAUUUUUUAGAUCUUAAAAAGAUAUUUACAAAGCAAAGUAUAAGGUGAUAGCGUACUAUUUUGUUUAUACAGGGUGUUUUCAUAAGUAUUAUUACUAACGCCCCGCGAUUAAUAUUAUUUGUACGACGAUUCGACUGAGUGUAACAAAGUUACAAAAAGACACCAAGUUUUUUGAACGAUAGCGUGAUGAUAAAACAGCAGGUUUAUUCUUAGAUUGCGUAGCUACGGAAAAUUUGUAGUAUUACUAGGGAACAAAAUGUAAACUAUAAAAGACAUAGCGUUAGUUGAUAGCGUAGUAGAGGCCUUUUUAAUUAGAUUUAGUGCCUUAGGGAAGACAUAUAUUGAUUACUUUGUGCCUUUUUGAGACGGUGGCUCAAAA